CAGUAACGCGCGCUUGUCUUUAUUCUUUCUGUCAACACAGUUACAACGCUCAUUUGAAAAAAGCUGUCUAGACAGAUGUUUUAGGAUUUUUUUUUUUUGCUCAUUGUUUGGAUAAAAUGUAAUUACGCUCAUGUGGGCAUGUAACUACGACUGGCACGACGCCACAAUGAGGUUGGUUCAUUCUGCUGCUGUUACCGUUUUUACAUCGGAUUUAUAUUUGAUAUGGAUAUUGCUCACUAUAUCGAUAACAACAAUCAAAGCAGGUCUGGAGCGCAGCCCUUCAGAAGACUGUCCGCUGGGUCACUUUCCAUGUGGCAAUGUGAGCAUCUGUCUGCCACAGGUUCUGCACUGUAACGGCCAAAACGACUGUCCCAACGGAGCUGACGAGGACAACUGUGGAGACAACAGUGGAUGGGCAGACCUCUUCGACCAGACUUUUAAAAGGGUUUAUCCACAAGAUCUUGCUACAGACUGCCAUGUGGAGCAGUAUCCUGAUCGCUGCCAGUGCAUUAACUCUGAUAUCCACUGUGUGCAUGUUAGCUUGAGAUCCAUUCCACAGGUGUCAGCGAAUGUUACCUCCCUUUCGUUGAAGAGCAACAAGAUUCGCGUGUUACCCGAUGAGGCUUUCGUCAAAUACAUAAAGCUACAGAGGCUGUUUCUCCAGGAUAAUUGCAUUGGCACUGUUUCCAUUUAUGCCUUUAGUGGACUGUAUAAGCUGCAAAAACUAUCUUUGAGCCAGAACUGCAUCUCCGUGCUUUCCCCUGGAGUGUUCAGGGAUCUUCAUAAACUCAAGUGGUUGAUUCUGGAUGACAAUCCCAUAACAACAAUUACAGCCAACACAUUUACUGGCCUGAGUUCCCUCUUCUUCCUGUCAAUGGUGAACACCUCUCUAGAACAGCUUCCACCCUCCAGACUCUGCACCCAUAUGCCCUUUCUUAGCUGGCUGGAUUUCGAGGGGAACCACAUUAAGACUUUGGGCUUGUCAACUUUCCUCGGUUGUGAACAUCUGACUGUGCUGUCACUGAGAGCCAACCUCAUCAAGAGUUUGCCAGAGAACACCUUUCAAUCUCUGCGCAUGAUGGGAGACCUGGAUCUGUCUAGUAACUCGAUAAAGGAACUUCCAGUCAGUAUAUUCAAGGAUUUACCCUCAUUGCAGAUUCUGAAUCUGUCUCAAAACCCACUGGACCACAUCCAUCCAGGCCAAUUUAGCCACUUAAUUCAGCUUCAGUCUCUUGGCUUGGAGGGAGUGGAGAUUCCAAAUAUCCAGACAAGCAUGUUUCACCCCAUGGAUAACCUCUCCUACAUAUAUUUCAAGAAGUUUCAGUACUGCUCUUACGCCCCACAUGUCCGAAAGUGUAAACCAAACUCAGAUGGCCUCUCGUCUUUUGAAGAUCUGCUUGCUAAUGUGGUUCUUCGUGUGUCAGUGUGGGUCAUGGCUUUUAUCACCUGCUUUGGAAACCUCUUUGUCAUCGGGAUGCGGACAGUCCUGCCGGCUGAGAACAACCUGCAUGCUCUCUGCAUCAAGGUUUUGUGCUGUGCAGACUGCCUGAUGGGGGUCUAUCUGUUUUUCGUGGGGGUCUUUGAUGUGAAGUUCCGUGGCGAGUACAACAAGAAUGCUAAGCUGUGGAUGGACAGCCUGGAGUGUCGUAUCAUCGGCUUCCUGGCUAUGUUGUCCUCUGAGGUUUCCGUCAUGCUGCUCACUUAUUUGACCAUGGAGAAAUUCCUGGUCAUUGUUUUUCCUUUCAGCCACCUGCGACCGAGCAAGUGCCAAACCUUCACCGUUUUGACCUCUAUAUGGCUGUUGGGUAUCUCUAUCGCUGCAGUGCCUCUGCUUAAUGAGGAGAUGUUUGGGAAUUAUUAUGGACACAAUGGCGUGUGUUUCCCCCUUCACUCUGAACUUCUGGAAAAGCCCAUUGCAAAGGGAUAUUCCACUGGGAUUUUUCUUGGACUUAACCUGGUGGCCUUCCUCAUCAUUGUCGUGUCCUACUCCAGCAUGUUUUACUCCAUCUAUAAGACAGGCAUCAAUGCCACAGAGCUGCGUGGACGUCUGCACAGGGAUGUGGCAAUGGCAAACCGCUUUUUCUUCAUCGUGUUCUCUGACGCCCUCUGCUGGAUUCCCAUAUUCCUGGUCAAAAUCCUUUCCCUGCUGGAAGUUGAGAUACCAGGAACAAUAACAUCUUGGGUGGUGAUCUUCAUCCUCCCCAUCAACAGUGCCUUGAAUCCCAUCCUGUACACACUGACCACCAGUUUCUUCAGAGAGCAGAUGGAACUUUUGUGGUGCCACUGGCAGAGACAGCCAAGGCUCAAACAGGACCGCAAGAGCCUCACCAGCUCUGUUAUUUACACAGACCCCUCAAGGUCUUCUUUCUGCCAUCACAACUGCACCCCACAGACAUCUAUUUUAGAUAUAGAUGGCAGGUAUAGAUGAAAAUGUUCCAUAUUAUCGACAUUUGUCUGUAGUGGAUCUACAGAGUUUUCAGAGUGCAGGAGCACUGAAAGACGAUGUCCUGGUAGAGCCAGGCAUAAUCAUGGAUUGCACUCAGGUGCUACAAUGAAGGCCUACAUUAGAUUAUGUAUCUAAAGAUAGGCAAUUAUGGUUGGACAAUAAUAAAAAAGUAAAGUACAAGAUAUCUUGACACUGUGCUGCUGUACAUCAGAAAAGGCUUUUAAAACGGCUGAAUCUGUUACAAACUUUCUAGUCAAUAUGUUUUCAGAUCAUAAAUUGAUCUGUUUUGUGAGAUGUGUCUUGACAGAGGAUUGGUUGACUUUUAAACUGUGGAACAGCCAACAGUGGGGCAUAUAUUUGUUUUGCAUAUGUAUAUGCUGAUUUAUUCCCUUUUUAUAGUGUAUAUGUGUAUUAAGUGUCAAAAAAUAAAUCCCAACAAAUGUUUCAUGUUGUUUUCACUGCAAACUAAAUAUUAGGCUACUUAGACUAUAUUUUAAUUAUUUGACUUUUUUUUUUCUGUAUGUGAAAUGGGGCUGGACUUAAUUACAUCCUUUAUUUAUUCAAUUAUGACAUUUAUGCCAAUUAUAACCACAAUUCAAUCAAAUCGACGACCAUCUUGGCCACGCCACCAGACGCUAUUCACGCAAGUAUCCCUGCAAACAUGUCCUUGCGGGGCCCAUGCUGGCUUUUUGUGGGCACAGUGGGCUAGGGCCAACCCACAUCAAACCUAAACAGACCCAGUGCGGCCUUGCCCAGGCGAGGCCCACAGCUUCGGGCUCACCGCAGGCUCUCUGUGAGUAGGCCACGGCACAUUAAUCCCAUGAUGACCCAGUGUGGGCCAGCCCGUUAGGGCCCAGAGCAACUUUUGUAUCCUUUGGGCCCAUGCAGGUUUUGUGUAGGCAACUAGGAGAAUACAAACAACAUUGACUGGUCAUUCUUUAGCCACUCGAUUGAACUGGAAUGGCUCAAACCAAAAGAUCAAACACACCUGAGCAUGUCUUCAGGAUCAUUAGAAAAUCACAGGUGGGUGAGUUUGAUCAAAGUUGGAGCUAAACUCUGCAGGAAAGUGGAUCUCACAAGCCAUAUUUGAGGUGUAACAGACAUAAGCCUGUUAAUAAGAAUUUUGUGGGCAGUUUUCUUCCUAACCACUAGGGGUGCUAGAGUGUUUUAGGUUUCCCUAAGUAAAGCCAUGUGGGUAGUGGGAGUUACCAAUAGCAAGCAGAAGUAGCCAACAUGGCUCACCUGCUGAACAUAUUGUGUUGUGUCCUGGUUGGAAAUAUGUCAGUUCAAGCCCAGUCUAAAGGAGUUUUUUUUUUUUUUCUCUAUUUAAAAGUGUGCAUUGCUGAUGUUUUUUGCAGAGAUGUUACAUGUAUGUAUGGCCUAUGUUUGGAUUGAUGCUAAGAAUGUAAGACAGUGUAUUUAUAUGCAUUUUAGAAGGACUCUUUAUUGGUGAGGUCACCACAUCAUGGUCCAGUUUGAAUAUGGAAUUAAAGUUCUUUUCGACGUGGGACCAUAGUCUGGACUAUUUUUGACUGUUCCUGGUUAGGAAGAGUUUGGUGUUUGA